CAGCGAGCCGCCGCUCUCCCGUCUCGCUUUUCCAUUCAUACAUCCCUCCUCUCCUCCACACACGCCUCCUCGAGAUAACUCACACUUAUCCAUGUUAACAACUUUCUCAUAGACCGGACUAAUUAUUUAAGACUGGAAACGGUUCUAUUGAAAUUUACCGAGUGACAGAAACAGGACAGGGGCCGAGAAGUGAACAUCACCCCGGGCUCUCUGUCCAAUGAAAAUGUUUCAGACCGUCCCCGACACUUCGUCUUACGUCAAGGUAAGACAACAUCGUCAAUACGAGCAGGAGGCGCUGUCAGUGGUGAGUGAAGACCAGUCUCUGUUUGAGCCUCCUUACACUGCUGCAGCUCCAUUACCUAAAACAGACAUGACUGCGUCCGGUGCGCAGGAUUACGGACAGCCCCACAAGAUCAACCCUCUGCCCCCCCAGCAGGAGUGGAUCAAUCAACCUGUCCGGGUCAAUGUCAAACGAGAAUAUGACCACAUCAAUGGAUCCAGCAGAGAGUCCCCGGUGGACUGUAGUGUGGCUAAAUGCAAUAAGAUGGUGGGUGGAACCGACGCAUCUCAGAUGAGCUAUGGCUACAUGGACGAUAAGAAUGCUCCACCCCCAAACAUGACAACCAAUGAAAGGAGAGUGAUUGUCCCAGCAGAUCCUUCUCUCUGGUCUCCAGACCAUGUGCGGCAGUGGUUAGACUGGGCCAUUAAAGAGUAUGGUCUUCAGGAGAUCGACACAGCCAUGUUCCUUAACACAGAUGGAAAAGAACUUUGCAAGAUGACCAAAGAGGACUUCCUGCGACUUACCAGCGUUUAUAACGCAGAGGUCCUUCUCUCACAUCUCAAUUACCUCAGGGAAAGCAGCUCAUCAAUAUCAUACAACACAGCAUCUCAUACUGACCAGUCACCACGUCUGGCUGCCAAAGAAGAUGCUUCUUAUGAUGCUGUACGGAGAGCAGGCUGGUCAAACAACAUGCACAGUGGCAAAGGCUCUCCAACAGUGGUCUCACAGAACGUUUCCAAGAACACUGAGCAGGCUCGGCCUCAGCCAGACCCUUACCAGAUCUUAGGACCCACCAGCAGUCGACUCGCCAACCCAGGAUCAGGUCAGAUCCAGCUUUGGCAGUUCUUGCUUGAACUUCUUUCUGACAGCGCCAACGCCGGCUGCAUCACCUGGGAGGGGACCAACGGAGAGUUCAAGAUGACAGACCCAGACGAAGUAGCGCGCCGUUGGGGCGAACGCAAGAGCAAGCCCAACAUGAACUACGACAAACUGAGCCGCGCCCUGCGCUACUACUACGACAAGAACAUCAUGACCAAAGUGCACGGAAAACGUUACGCCUAUAAGUUCGACUUCCACGGCAUUGCUCAGGCCCUGCAGCCCCAUCCCACCGAGUCGACCAUGUACAAGUACCCGACCGACUUGCCUUACGUACCCAGCUACCACGCCCACCAGCAGAAGGUCAAUUUCGUUUCGCCACAUCCGCCCUCGAUGCCGGUCACUUCCUCCAAUUUCUUCGGCCACGCCACCCCGUACUGGAGCUCUCCAACGGCCGGAAUUUAUCCUAAUCCGGGUGUGCCACGUCACUCCAAUUCUCACGUGCCAUCCCACCUAGGCAGUUACUACUAAUGCCCUCCACCUCUCGCCCCAGAUGCCAAAACUUGAACUGCACUUGGAGUGAAGAUAAAAUGGAAGCUGGAUGAAGAAAACGCAGAAGGAUAUUUUUUGUUUGUUUUUGAAGAGGCCUGGCAAAAUUUGUACAAUGAAGGAAAUGUUGAAAGAAAAGAAAGAGAAAGUAGAGAGAAGAAAAACAGAGCAAAACAUGUCUGAUCCUCUUCAGAUGGAGUACUACUUAUUCAAAGGACAAGCGACGUUUUGUUCAGUGUUUGUUUUGGAGAGCGCGUGCGUGUUGCGCAAUGUUCUUGUGCCUUUCUACAGCCAAAAGCUGCACCAAAUGGGCCUUCUACCAAAUAAAGACCGUUGGAAUAGGUGAACGACCGAAAAUAUGAAUCACUGUAAACUCACCCUGUGUGUUAAUGCAAUUGUGAACCGAGUGUUUAUGUUUGUUGGACUAAGUCCAUGCUUUAUUUCGGAUUUUUAUUUGAACCAACCUUGGUUACAUAAGUUGAUCUUUUUUAAUUGACUGAAAUAUUUCUCGCUGAGGCAAAUCUGGCAACUGGAAAAAAUGGAAGCGUUCAACCGUCACACAUUCUCCAAAGUGGAGGACUGGACGGUGGAUGGUUUUAUAGGAGCUUCUCAGGCUAGCUGGCACAAGCUAAACUCACUUUUCACUUUUAGCAAUCCUCCAUGCAGAUGGUGUCGAUGUGAAUGUUUUGUAAACUUAACAAUGGAUGAAUUCAAGCCUGCUUCACAUUUCAGAUACAACUUUGACUAAAUGUAAGUUGUCUGAGGGGAUUCCUGUUUGUAUCCCCCUCACGGGCCAGUGAAAAUCGAUUUCAUCUCAAAAUAGCCAAUGUAACAAGCGUCAAUUUAGUUCACGUGAGAUUCAUUUACAAUCCUCUUCAAACUCUCUUGAAUAGAUUCUUGGAUCGUUGAAUAACGUUGAAUAACUGAAUGUGGGCAUCAUGCAAAGUACCUCUUUGAAAAGAAAAAGUAAACAAGCGUUUUAAAACAACACAAAUCGUUGAAACCAGAGAUUCGCGAACGCUGUGCGUUUGUCAGACCUAUUUGCUAGUAUUUUUUUAAUCAAAGGUCAACUAGGCAUUAAGCAUCUUACUGUAUAAAUUAUGCAGAGCUAUUUUCAUAUGUGACAGUGUUAAAUCAUACGUUAAUACGAGUUGACCUCGGUCAAAAUGCAAAAAAUUUUUUAUCAGUUCCUGAAAGUAGUUUGUAGUUCGUAGGUGUUUUGUAUCUGUACAUAUGGGCAAUAUGUUUAUGAAUGUUUUCUAGUGUUUUUCGGAAAAUGCAUUUUCUGAAAGCCUUGGCGCAUUGCUACGACAAUAGGAAAGUUAUUUUGAUAUGUAUUUUUAUUCCUUGAAAAGCAAAUGCCUCACCAAAAACCUCAUGCUUGGAGACAAUCUGUUUUACAUAAAUCAAGGUUUUCCAAAGUAUUAAAAUAACUUAUAAUGCCAAUUGCCUUAAAGCCAAACGCUUAUGCUGGUAAACGUAAUAUGUGCCAAAGAUUGAUUUAACAGUGUUAUUCAAGUGUUUUUUGCAGGCUGUUCGCCUUUGUGUACAGUAACAGUAAUAAAAAGGUAAUUGAAUAUUCCCAUUAGUUUAUCUCUGUUAAGGGAUCACUCUCAAAUAUGAAGGAAUUGUGCUCUUUUAUAUAUGCAAUGUAUUUUGGAUAUUAAAUUUAUGACUAUAUAAAUAUAUAUGAAAUAUUGCAAUUAAUCAUUUUGUUAAUUUUGUUAUUUCUGCAAUUUAUUAAGUAUUGCCUUUUGUAAAAGGGUUUGUUGUAUAUGUAAAAUGUGACAAAAUAAAUGUUUUUACAUUAAAAGG